AUGGACUGUGUAUUAACUUACAAUCUUUCAUGUGUGAAUGAUACACACGCACAAUUGAAUUCAUCAUCAACCAUAUUUGGCGAUGUACUCCAUUCAAAUCUAUUAAACAUUGGUGAACAUUCAAAUACAGAAUUGAUAACAUCAACUAGUCAUCCAGUAUCAUCAUCAAUCCUUGUAUCUUUACAACAUUGUAUUAUAACAGCUAUUAUUCUGGGUGCAAUCGUUUUAUCAACAAUAACAGGAAAUAUAUUAGUUAUUGCUGCGGUUAUUUUAGAAAGAAAUCUUCAUUCAGUUGCUUAUUAUCUUUUUGUAUCCUUAGCUGUUGCCGAUUUAAUGGUAGCUACUAUGGUGAUGCCAGUAGCUAUUCUAAAAGAAGUGACACGUUCAUGGGUGCUCGGCAGCAUUGUUUGCGAUAUUUGGGUGAUGAUCGAUCUGUUAUGUUGCACAGCUUCAAUACUACAUCUUGUUGCAAUAGCCCUCGAUCGUUAUUGGGCUAUAACUAAUUUGGACUAUGCAACAAAACGAACACCUGGCCGAGUUCUUGUUCUUAUUUGUAUUAUCUGGGCGACUUCCAUUCUCAUCGCAAGUUCUCAUUCAUUCCCUAUAUUUCGUAACAAACAAGGUCGCCUAGCCGGCCAAUGUCAAAUAAUAGGCAAUGUUACGUACACAAUUAUUUCAACUGUCGGAGCUUUUUAUAUUCCACUGAUUGGUAUGUGUAUUAUCUAUUGGAAAAUCUUUCAAGCAGCAAAAUUUCGUAUAAGACGUAAAGCAUUCACUUCAAAUCCACCUGCUACGCCUACAUUGACUCAUCCACAGCAUGAAAUAUCAUCUUCAACACACAUAACAACAGCAAAUCAUGAAAUAGAUAAAAAACAUUCACCAUUAGAGCAUUUAAAAUUUCUAAGAAAAAGUCAUUCGAUAAUGAAUAAUGCAAAUGAUAUCGAACCUGAUAAUGUAUCAACAUAUUCAUUACCAAUAAAUCAUCAACAUCAUCAUCAUCAUCAUCAUCAUCAUCAUCAUCAUGAUUGUCAACUAAAAACACUUAAAAAAACACAUUUUGUUCUACUAAAGAAAAAACAUAAAAAGAAUUUUGAAGAUCAACUUGAACAAAACAUCAAUCAUUCUAAUCCAGUUGUACCACCCUUGUUAACAUCAACAUUCACUAAUGAUUUAACAAUUCCAAUGAAUACAAUUCAAAAUCCAUUAGUAACACCAAAUUCUACACCAUCCAGUUCUCCACAUCUUCCUCGUGCACAUAUAGUUAUAACAGACACACAUCAUAUAUCUGUACCGAAAUCUCCAUUAAUGUCGGCACGAAAAAAAACUGAUGUUAAACGCGAACGUAAAGCAACAAAAGUGCUUGGUGUUGUUAUGGGCUGCUUUAUACUAUGUUGGUUACCAUUUUUCAUUGAAGAAACAGUAUGCGGAAUAUUUCAUUUAACAAUAAAUGAAAAAAUGAUCAGUGUAUUAACAUGGUUGGGUUAUUUGAAUAGUAUGUUGAACCCUGUGAUCUAUACAAUAUUUGCACCUGAUUUUCGACAGGCAUUUGGAAAAAUUCUAUUUGGCAAAUAUCGGAAACGAUCGAGAUUAAAAAAAUAA